AUGGAUAAGCUCUAUAAGAAAUUUAAAUCUUAUCAAUCGUUCCUAUCGUCGAAAGCUGGUGACGAAGAAAACAAUAUUCUAUCAACUUCCGAAACGUCGUUACCGAUCACUCAAAACAAAUGGACAAAACGUCGUAUUCGAAACUGGGCAUCUCAUGGUCUUACAAUCCUUAGUUUAAUUUUUCUUAUUCCGGGUCUUGUAUGUCCUAUGCUUAUUGUUCAUAUCUAUCUCAAUGUUCCUGGAACACGAAUUCUUUUGGAAACUCAAAAGCGAGGCGUUAUAACGACCGUUUCAUAUCUAUUCAAGCGUGGUGGUUAUUUUCCAGGUACUUUAGUCGUGAUAUUUUCGAUACUAAUUCCAUUUACCAAAGCUUUCUUGUUGCUUCUGAUGAACUUUGUGCAUAAUCGUAAAUACAAUUACUUUGUUUAUACGCUUAUUCGUGAUUGGGGAAAAUGGAGUAUGACAGAUGUAUUUGUCACGGUGAUAUUUCUCUCUUUCUUCGCUUCACUUUUGGUCGCAGACAUCGAUGCAACCAUAUUGCCGGGAUUCUAUUUUUUCUUAACAUACUGCAUCAUAUCAUUAGCAGCAACACAAACUAUGUGCCCGCCACCCCGUCCAAGCGAGAUGCUUGAAGAAGAAAUAAAGAAACCUGUUGAUCGAAGACCUCUAAUUUCUUCUAAUACACUUACUGACGACAAAGGUGUCAAAGAGAUCGAACAAACUGCAAUAUCACCGCCCCGGAAAGAUUGA